AUGGUUGGUGAUUGGCGGGCUGCGUUCAAGGCACCAACCCUCGACCCCGGUUGCUGGAUAGGCGAUACUGCAGCUUCGUGCGCAAGGGAUGCAUCCAUCGAAUCGGAUGACACCUUUCACCCAAGCGACCGAAUGGGGCCCUUCUUCUUGAACUCUAUGUUCAAGAAGAAUAUAUGUAAUCAGCUGAUGUUGACGGAUGAGAGCUGGGCUAUGUGA